UUCGGAUGAAAUAUCAUUUAACCACUGAUAGUUAUUUGGUUAUUUUGAAUUACAUCAAGACCCUUCAGUUUCCCUCACAAUGAACACUUUCAUUUGCUUUGCCGUCCUCUUUGCUGUUGCUUCAGCAAACCACCAGAUUCACAAGAUUAGCCCUGUUCAAUCAUCAUCAUGGGGACUAGCCAGUUCUGAUAAGGUUAAAGAAUGGGAUGGUUCAUUGUCUUAUGUUUCACCUGUUCCAUCCAGUGGAUACUGGCCAUCAUCUUACUACUACCCAUCAGCCCAAUAUGGACAAGCUAUCCACCAUGGACAAGCAGUUCAAUAUUCACCAUCCGUUUACCACUCACAGCCAAUUCAUUAUUCAGCUGAAGUAGCACCAAAGGUAUACUCAGGAGCAGUUAAUUACAAGGUUGUCCCAUCAACAUGGUCAGACGAAUCAUAUGUUCCAUCAACCUGGUCAGGAUACUACUCAGCCGGUCUUCCAGUUGCCAAAGUUGAGAAGCAAGUUGCUCCCAAAGCAAUUGCUGCUCCAGCUGUUAAAGUUGAAGAAGUAGCUGCCGAUGUUGCUGUUGCUCCAAAACCUUUCCAAUACUCAACUGAAAUCGUUCAUGAUGUUCCCGCCAAAAAGGAAGAAGUUUCCUACAAUGUUGCCUCACCAGCCGUUUCUGGUGUACGAUCAGUCUCUGUUGCUCCCCAAGUUGCUCCAGUAAACAAGGUUGUUUCAGCUCCAGCUCAAUACUCUGCCUGGUCUGGUGAAGUUGCUGCUCCAGCUCCAGUUUCAGGAUCAUGGGUUUCAGAUGUUAAACCCGCUACAUGGACCUCAGAUGUUAAGCCCGCUACAUGGACCUCAGAAGUUAAGCCUGCUGUCUGGGCAUCAGAUGUCAAGCCUUCUUCAUGGGCUUCAGAAGUUAAGCCUGUUGGAUGGACCUCCGAAAUCAAGCCUGCUUCAUGGGCCUGGGCUCAACCUAAACCAUCAUACAGACAAGCUGCUUGGGCUGAUGUUAAGCCUGCUUCAUGGUCAUCAUGGUCAGAACCAAAACCAUUGAAUGCCUACGUUUCCCAACCAGCUUUCUAUGGUGCUGAAUACCCACAAACAAUUUACACCAAUGCCCACCAUGCUGCUCCUUGGUCAUCAACUUGGUCAUCCGCUCACCCAGUUGCAUGGACCGAACCAAUCCAAAAACGAUCUGAACGAAAACAGUUCUAGAUUAACUAAAGAUUAAUCAAAAACUGAUUCAGAAAAAAAUGAAAUCAAAAUGAUCCUCAGCCGUUUAUUUUUUUUUUGUAAAUUGUGAUUAUGACUGAAGUCAGGUUUAAAGCCCGGUCAAAUCAGUUGUUGACAUGUUUCUUCCACCUUUCCUCUAAAUCUUUCAAUGGAUCUUUAUAAACAGAUCUUUUCAAUUCUCAUUUUCUGUCUUCAGAAACAUUAACUCACCUCCUUUUUUUACAAGAAUGCAACAAUAAAAUUAAUCUAUCAGAUUUAA